AAGCGAGACAGAGUUGACGGCUGUUCUGCCUAGCGCUGGGUGGCAAUGCCUUGAGGAACCCCUCCGGCGUGCGUACACCUCGCAUCGCAGCAGCAGCAGCAGAUGAGGAGGGACGUGGCUCUCCCAGUGCGGAGUCUCACUCACCCUCUUACAAAAUCCCAGCGGCAGGGACAGGGUGCAGCCUAGCAGGGGUGGCAGCAUGGGGGACUCUGAAUCAGAGUCCACCUUGCACAACAACUCACUGUGGUGGCUGGCAUGUGGGAUGUUAGCCCUGUUGGCCAACUCUUGGAUUAUCCUCAGCAUCACGGCCAAACAACAGAAACACAAGCCCCUGGAGCUGCUGCUAUGCUUCCUUGCUGGCACCCACAUCCUUAUGGCAGCAGUACCGCUCACCACCUAUGCCGUGGUGCAGCUGCGGCGUGAAUCCUCCAACUACGACUGGAACGAAAGCAUCUGCAAGGUCUUUGUCUCCACCUACUACACCCUGGCGCUGGCCACCUGCUUCACGGUGGCCUCCCUCUCUUACCACCGGAUGUGGAUGGUGAGAUGGCCAGUCAACUACCGGCUGAGCAAUGCCAAGAAGCAGGCUCUGCACGCAGUCAUGGGUAUCUGGAUGGUAUCAUUCAUCCUCUCCACCCUGCCCUCCAUCGGCUGGCACAACAACGGCGAGCGCUACUAUGCCCGUGGCUGCCAAUUCAUUGUCAGCAAGAUAGGGCUGGGCUUCGGUGUCUGCUUUAGCCUCCUGCUGCUUGGAGGAAUCGUCAUGGGCUUGGUGUGCGUGGGUAUCACAUUCUACCAGACCCUGUGGGCACACAGAAGACGCCGGCGGUGCCGCCAUCAGAGGGCAGAGGAAGCGUCAUCCUGCUCUUCAUCAGCACACACCACUUUCACCGUGCCGGCCAUUGUAGUAGAGGAUGUACGAGGCAAAAGGAGGUCUUCACUGGAUGGGUCCGAGUCCGCCAAGACCUCCUUGCAGAUGACCAACCUCAUCAGUGCUAUUGUCUUCCUGUACGACACACUCACUGGGGUGCCUAUCUUGGUCGUGAGCUUUUUUAGCCUGCGCUAUGAUACGGCCCCUACCUGGAUGGUCCUGGCUGUGCUCUGGUGCUCUAUGGUGCAGACUCUGCUGCUCCCCUCCUUCAUCUGGUCCUGCGAGCGCUACCGAGCCGAUCUCCGCACCGUGUGGGAGCAAUGUGUGGCUAUCAUGUCUGAGGAAGAUGGAGAUGAUGAUGGUGUGUGUGAUGAUUAUGGCGAUGGCAGGAUCUGCAAAGUGAGAUUUGAUGCAAAUGGUGCUGCAGCUGUGAAGCGGGACUCCCGGGACAUCAAGCUGCUACCCAUGCACCACAUGUUGUUGCCCCAGGACAAGGUGCACUACCUGCAGGUCCCUAUCUCCCGGAGAAUGUCGCAUGAUGAGACUAACAUCUUCUCCACCCACCGCUCCGCUCCAUCCUUCCUACACAAGUGGUCUUCAUCUGACGACAUCCACAUUUCCACCCCUCGCAAGCCUGGAGGCCCUGGCUUCUUGCCUCCUCAUCUGCAUGACUACCAGCACCGCCGGCGGCCCCCAGAAGAUGAGCUGACGACCCUACGGCAGUUUUUGGAGGGGGGGUUGAUGCCCCGGGCCUCCAGCUCCAGCGCCUGCUUCUUCCGAGAUGAGAUCACCACUUUUAUCGACGAGACACCACAACCCACCCCAGCCUGCAGCCCACGACAUUCCUGUCUCCCGGUCGCAUCACGACGCGAUCGCCGCCUCUCCCU